GAUCAAAUUCUACUUCGUCUCAAUCAUCUAAUUAUGGUCCUUUAGAUAAUUUUGUUACCAGACCUUUAUCUAAAGCAGAUAAUGAAGUUUUUCAUAAACUUAUAUUAAAAGCCACUAUUUCUUGUGGUUUUCCAUUAUCUUGGGUGAAUAAUCAAGAAACAACAGAAUUAUUUAAAUUUCUCAACCCACAUAUCAAACUACCAGAUAGAAAAACCCUUUCCACUAAACUAUUGAAUGAUGCAGUUAAAGAAUAUGAUAAUGUCAUGUUAGAAAAAUUAAGAUUAGAUCAAAUAGGUGUCACACUUAUGUUUGAUGGAUGGACGAAUGUUAGGCAACAAGAAUUAAUGGGAUGCGUUCUUUUGAUGUCAGAUGGAGAACCAUGUGUAUGGCAAGCUAUGGAUAUCAGUAGUGAACGUGAUACAAUGUUUGAAGUUAUGACUAAAACUGAAGAAUUAAUUUCCAAAUUAAUAGAUAUGAAAAUAACAUUGUUAUCAAUAGUAACUGAUAGUGCACCUUCCUAUAAUGCAUCAAGGCAAUUCAAAAAUACAUCAGGCAAUGCCUUAAAAGUGUCAGCCUAUUUUAAAGAUGCUAGACAUAAAUAUUUCAUUGGCCAACUUCGUGAUAUUCAAAGAGAACUUUAUAGCAAAUAUAUUCAACUUGCACUUCCAUGUAAUACCAGGUGGAACAGUCAACAUAAUUGCUUUAAAAGUUUAAUUGCUACUAAAAAUGCUUUACGUUCUUUGGCAAUAAAAUUUGAUCCUUCUUCAUCAACAAAUACAUUGAAAAUUUCACAUGAAAUGUAUUGUAUUAUAAUGAAUGAAUCUUUUUGGGACGAACUUUUAAAAUUGGAUCAAAUUUUGAUUCCUUAUUGCAAUAUUUUGAAUAAACUACAAAGUGACAAGGCAAGAUUAUAUGAAGUUUUACAUUGUUAUGCAUAUUUGUAUCAAUUUUGGAAAAGUUAUUCUGAUGAACUCUUGGCCAGUAGAAUAUUAUCAAGAUUGGAAAAUAGAUGGAGUUUAUGGGAACAACCUCUUCUCAUUCUUUCUUGGCUUCUUCAUCCUGUUUACAAAUCAAACUAUUUCACUUCUGCUUCUAUAUCAAAAAUAAGUUAUUUACACAUGGGGAAGUGGCUUGUUUAUUAUUAUAAAGCAUGGACUGGAAAAGAACCUAAAACUAUUCUUAAUGAAUUUUAUGAUUUUUCACAAGGAAGAAAAUAUCCUUUUGAUAAUGCCUCCAUUGAUCAGUUUGAAAAUAAUAUUCACAAAUAUUGGUGCUGGGUUCAGGAUGCCUAUCCAGAAAUUGGAAUUGUUGCAGCACAUAUUUUUGGUAUUUGUAUUAAUGCAGCUUCAGUAGAACGACUGUGGAGUAGUAUGGGAUUUUUUCAUUCAAAAAAUCAAAAUAGAUUGGAGUUCACUAGAGUCUUAGAAAUGGCAAAAUUGAAGGCUGGCAUUACAUAUAAUCGACUUCUUCAACAAGAACUUUCUUUAUCAAAUAAAGAAAUAAAUUUAGAAGAACAGAAUAGCAUUGAAAGAGAAAUGAUAUUGGAAGCCGAAUCUUCAAAUGUAAAUACUAACUUAAAUGAAGAAAGUUAUUUGGGUGAACAAAAUGAUGAACAGGAUAAUAAUAGUUUAGAAGCAGAUGUAAUUGCACAGUUUAAUAAUAAUUUGGGUGAGUGGAUAGAAAUUCUUCAAGAAGAAGAAAAUGAAUCUCUAAAUGAGCUUAUAAACAUUGAAGAUGAUGAAUUUUAUAACUUGGAUGUUCAAAGUAUUGAUCAUCCAGCAACAAGCUCCGAUGGGAAAUGGAAAUUGGAAGUUAUAUUAAAAAACGAUAUACAUUGUCCUUUUUAA